AUGCUGGACAUGGAGUUUGUUUCUUAUAAAUCUGAGCGCAUGAGUGAGUCCUCCCUCUCGCCAGUAGGAGAAAUCCUGCUGAGCGGCUGUGAGAAGGGAGGCCAUACCAUUAAUAUCACACUGGGAACAGAAAAAGAUUACAAUCCAAAAGCUGUGCGAGCAGCGGGUUCAGCCAUGAAGAAUAACUCAGUUCCCCUGAUAGUGCUGCGCCACCGGGUGCUGCGUAGUUCAGGGGACAGUGGUUCAUAUAUGGGAGGAAAGGGAGAUGAUAUUAAAGUUUGGAUGCUCACUUGUGAGAAAACGCAUUGGAGCUUGAUGCAUCAAAGAGUGAUAAAUCCAUCUGAUGGACCCCAAAACCACUUCAUGCUGCUUCUCAGUUUGAUCACAAAUAUUCUGAUAAUUACGUUUUUGAUUUCUGAUUGUUUUGACAAAUUAUAUACCACUUUAGUAAACAUUCCCUUCGUUGUUAUCCAUAUAACCUCUAUAGUUAAAGGAAUAUAUUGGAAUUUUGUUUUUGAGUUUGAUUAG